CGGUCACAAUCUCUGUACAAUCCAACGACUGUCGAGACAUUUUAAUUAAAUCAUUAAAGAUUAAACGGUCGAAAUGGCUUUAUAGCCGUUGGUCAUGUUUUUCUCGCUUCCCGUUUUUUUGUUUGCCGAAGAAGUAAAACUAGCCGUUACAAUAAACAUAAACAAAACUUAUGUCUUUGUCUUCUUCUUCCUCCACUCUCACCAUAAUUACUCUUGGCCUCAACACCUCAGUCACUCACAAAUUCCUUUCCCUCUCUCACUAAUAAUCAAACUUCUCUCUCUAACUCUCAUUCUUUGCUGUCAUCCAAAAACAAACGAAAAGAAGAACACAACAAAGAACUAUAACUCUGCUGCUCUUCUUCAUCCUUCUUCUUCUUUGUUUUCAUUUUUUCCUUCUUUUUUUUUUACUUCGAUAGUUUUGAAAUGAAUCAGCUUCACAAAAACCCAUUUCGGAUUUAUGAAAUUUGUUUCACUUUUUGCACGAGUAUCUUCUUGUGUCUCUUACUCUUGUCUGCUCAAGCUGUUGCAGGUGGUGGUCACUCCUGGGAUGGGAUCGUGGUGACUCAGGGGAACUAUCAGGCGCUCCAAGCAAUCAAACACGAACUCAUCGACUUCACCGGAGUUCUUAGAAGCUGGAACGACUCUUCCACCACCAGUGUUUGCUCCGGCGGCUGGGCUGGAAUCAAAUGCCUUCGAGGCCAAGUGGUAGCCAUUCAGCUCCCAUGGAAAGGACUCGGUGGCACUAUCUCGGAGAAGAUCGGACAGCUUCAGAAUCUCAGAAAACUUAGCCUCCACGACAACGUCCUCGCCGGUUCGGUUCCCCGUUCCCUUGGCUAUCUCAAGAACCUGCAUGGAGUCUAUCUCUUCAACAACCGUCUCUCUGGUUCAGUCCCAGCUUCACUUGGAAACUGCCCUCUUCUCCAAAAUCUUGAUCUUAGCAAUAAUCAGUUAUCUGGAAUCAUCCCGGCUAGUCUUGCUGAGUCCACCAGGCUCUAUAGGCUCAAUCUCAGCUUCAAUUUACUCUCCGGUCCCCUUCCGGUUACAGUAGCCAGAUCAUACACCCUCACUUUUCUUGACCUUGGGCAUAACAACCUCUCUGGUUCCAUACCCGACUUUUCGGUUAAUGGCUCUCACCCUCUUAAAAAGCUGAACCUAGACCACAAUCUCUUCUCUGGACCUGUUCCGUUGUCCCUCUGCAAGCAGAGUUUGCUCGAAGAGGUUUCUUUAAGCCAUAACCAGCUCUUUGGUUCCUUUCCCAAGGAAUGUGGAGCUCUUCUACACCUUCAGAGCCUUGAUUUGUCUUACAACUCAAUCAACGGAACCAUCCCAGAUGGCAUCGAUAGACUGCACAACCUGACAGUGCUUAACCUCAAGAGAAACAAGAUCAAUGGUCCCAUCCCAGAGAGAAUCGGGAACAUAUCUGGAAUCAGACAACUUGAUCUGUCUGAAAACAACUUCACCGGUCUAAUCCCUCCCUCCCUAGCCAACCUGGCGAAUCUUUCUUCAUUCAACGUCUCCUUCAACACGCUCUCUGGUCCUGUCCCGCCUGUUCUCUCCAGAAAGUUCAACUCAAGCUCUUUCGUGGGCAACAUUCAGCUCUGUGGCUACAGUUCGGCGUCUCCCUGCCCUUCUCCUAAACCUCAUCAUCCUCCCACCCUUUCACCUACCUCACCACAAGAACCAAGAAAACACCACAGAAAACUCUCGGUCAAAGAUAUAGUCCUAAUCGCCAUAGGAGCUCUUCUAGCCGUUCUCCUUCUCUUGUGCUGCAUAUUACUCUGCUGUCUGAUCAAGAAACGUGCAGCCUUGAAACAAAAAGACGGCAAGGACAAGAUCACCGAGAAGACAGCAACCGCAACUGCGGCAGCAUCAGCAGGAGGUGAGAUGGGAGGAAAGCUGGUCCAUUUCGAUGGUCCGUUUGUGUUCACUGCCGACGACCUCCUCUGUGCAACGGCUGAGAUCAUGGGGAAAAGCACUUACGGCACAGCAUACAAGGCAACAUUGGAAGACGGAAACGAGGUCGCUGUGAAACGGCUGAGAGAGAAAACAACCAAAGGGGUCAAAGAGUUCGAAGCAGAGGUCACAGCUUUAGGCAAGAUUCGACACACGAAUCUGCUUGCACUAAGAGCUUACUACUUAGGACCUAAAGGAGAGAAGCUCCUCGUCUUCGAUUACAUGUCUAAAGGCUCUCUCUCUGCGUUUCUUCACGCACGAGGACCAGAAACCCUAAUUCCAUGGCAAACGAGGAUGAAGAUAGCGAAAGGAAUCAGCCGCGGCUUAGCUCACCUUCACAAGAACGAGAACAUGAUCCACGAGAAUCUCACGGCCAGCAACAUCCUCCUCGACGAGAAGACCAACGCACACAUCGCCGACUACGGCCUCUCCCGCCUCAUGACAGCCGCCGCCGCCACCAACGUGAUCGCAACCGCCGGAACUCUCGGAUACAGAGCGCCGGAGUUCUCGAAAAUCAAGAACGCGAGCACGAAGACGGACGUGUACAGCUUAGGGAUCAUCAUACUUGAGCUCUUGACGGGGAAAUCUCCAGGAGAGCCGACGAGCGGGAUGGAUUUGCCUCAGUGGGUGGCGUCGAUCGUGAAGGAGGAGUGGACCAAUGAAGUGUUCGAUCUUGAGCUUAUGAGGGAGACCCAAACCGUUGGUGACGAGCUUCUCAAUACGUUGAAAUUGGCUUUACACUGUGUUGACCCGUCGCCUGCGGCGAGGCCAGAAGCGAUUCAGGUGGUCAAUCAGUUGGAGGAGAUCAGGCCGGAGACGGAGACGACGACGAUUGGAUCCGGCAGUGAUGGAGCUAAAGAAGAGGAAGACAUAUAAUAAUAAUAUAUACAAAAUAAACAUACUCUCUUUAUUAUAUGAUGAAAUUAUUCUUUGAUUAUUCAUUUAAUUUGUUUAUACAACAUGAUUUGAAGUUUGUUGUGUUAGUAA